AUGGCAGCCCUUCGAAUCUCUACAGCGACAUUGUCGCGUAAUGCGCUGGCUACGUGCCGCUCGCCCUUCCUUAAAGCUCGCUAUAGCGUGCGCCUUUCGCACCUGUUCAGCACCACCACAAGCACAAAAUACUCCACAACAGCACCAUUACUAUCAUUGGCACCGAAGAUCGAGCGCGGAGGCUCAAAGGUGUUCAAAGAUGCCGACGCGGCCGUGACGGACAUCAAGAGCGGAUCGACGAUCCUUAGCUCAGGCUUCGGAUUGUGCGGAGUAGCGGAGACACUGAUCAAUGCCAUGCAUCGCCGAGGAGCUGAUCAGUUACACUCCCUGACGGCUGUUUCAAAUAAUGCAGGCGCGGCAGGCAAAGGAGGACUUUCAACGCUCUCGCAGAACGGUCAGAUCAAUCGUCUGGUCCUUUCCUACCUCGGCAACAAUAAGGCGCUGGAGAAGAAAUACUUGACGGGAAAUAUCGCUAUUGAGCUCUGCCCGCAGGGUACAUUGGCUGAGCGUCUUCGCGCUGGAGGUGCUGGUAUUCCGGCAUUCUUCACUCCAACCGGAGCCCACACUUUCAUCCAGGAAGGAAAGAUCCCCGUCCGUAUGGAUGAAUCCGGGAAUGUCUUGGAGUCCGGAAAGCCACGCGAGACUCGCGAGUUCGAUGGAAAGACCCAUCUCAUGGAGGAGGCUUUGACGGGAGAUGUGGCUAUCCUGCGGGCUUGGAAGGCUGAUGAGGCUGGCAACUGUGUAUUCAGAUACACUACCAAAGCCUUUGGACCCAUCAUGGCCAAGGCCGCGACCCUCACUAUCGUUGAAGCUGAGAACAUCGUUCCGGUGGGAUCGAUUGAUCCCAACGAUGUAGACCUGCCUGGAAUAUUCGUUGAUCGCAUCGUUCCCGCGACUGACGACAAGCAUAUCGAGAACAAGAAGUUGCGCUCUGGCGAGGCUAGUGCUACCGGCUCCGCUAGAGAUGCUGCUCAGAUCCAACGAGAGCUCAUCGGUCGUCGGGCUGCUAAGGAAUUGAAGCCGGGCUACUAUGUAAACCUGGGCGUUGGCAUCCCCACACUGGCGCCUUCGUUCUUGCCCAAGGACGUCAAGGUCUGGAUCCAGUCAGAGAACGGAAUCCUUGGAAUGGGUGACUAUCCAACUGAACAGGAGCUCGAUGCGGAUAUCAUCAAUGCCGGCAAAGAGACAGUGACACUCGUUCCUGGAGCUGCCACAUUCGACAGCACCGAGUCUUUCGGCAUGAUCCGCGGAGGUCACGUCGACGUGUCUAUCCUUGGAGCCUUACAGGUGAGCGCCAACGGUGAUCUGGCAAACUAUAUGAUCCCCGGCAAGGUGUUCAAGGGCAUGGGAGGUGCCAUGGACUUGAUCUCCAACCCCGAAAAGACCAAGAUUGUGGUGGCCACUAGCCAUGUCGCCAAGGAUGGAUCGCCGAAGAUCGUGCAGAAGUGCAGCCUGCCUCUGACAGGUGCCAACGUUGUCAGCACUAUCAUCACAGAUCUGUGCGUUUUCCAAGUGGACCGGAAGACCGGGGAGCUCACACUCACAGAGCUUGCCCCGGGCGUGGAGGUGGAAGAGGUGCAGAAGAAGACAGAUGCGAAGUUCACGAUUGCCGAGACUUUGGAGAUCAUGGAGUAA